AUGGAGCAGAACAGCCAUCUGCCUUCAAAAGAUGUCGAAGAACCUUCAGUCUCCUUGAUGAGGCUCCAGGAUGCUGUCGUCAUGGCGAUUGUUCGAGCUCGUCAGAGAAUUUUACAGGGACUCACCGUGCUCUCCUUCGUGCUCCUGCUCCUUUGUGUCGCUGCUUUUUUAUACGGGAGCUUUUACUACUCAUACAUGCCCAAGGCGGCCUUUUCUACACCUGUGCACUAUUACUACAGGUCAGACUGUGAAUCUCCAACUUCCUUUUCAUGCUCUUACCCUGUAGCCAACAUCUCCUUGUUGAGAAACAAAAAGCAUGCGCUGACAUUCGGUCAGGUGUAUCGUAUCUACCUGCAGAUGGAGAUGCCCGAUUCUCCAACCAAUCAGCAGGUGGGGAUGUUUAUGAUCAAGACCGCCUGUUUCUCGCAGGACGGAGGCCAAGUUGCAGCAUCUACUCGCUCUGCAAGCCAGCUGCAGAAGGCCUCCAGCUCUCGUGUUGGCAUGUUGCGAUACCGAUCGGACCUGCUGAACACUUUGGGAACGCUGCUGUUCCUCCCGGCCUUUCUGAGUGGAGCAGCUGAGCAGAAACAAGUCCUGGAGGUGGAGCUCUUCUCAGAAUACGUAGACGACCCUUAUUCUCCCUCGGUUGCAGUUUUCAUUGAGAUCAUCUCCAGCAAGGUCCAGAUCUAUUCUUCUCACCUCUAUGUCCACGCUCAUUUUACUGGUAUAAGAUAUCUGCUCUUCUACUUCCCCAUCCUCUCAGCCUUUGUGGGCGUGUUCAGUAACUUCAUCUUCCUCAGCUUCCUCUUCAUCCUGAGCUACACAAGGCAAUUGAUGCAGGCAGGGCAGAAACCAGAGCAGGUCACAGCAAACAGAUUUCAGCUUGAGACGGUGGGAAACACAAACAACCAGUCCAAGGAUGAAGAGGACACAGAGCCUGCAGGGCUGCUGGGUUCACUCCAGACAGCAAACGUAGAUCUAAGGGGAGAAGAGCCCCGUCUGCUACUUUGCAAAACCACGGAGUUGCAGAAUGGAAAGAUCCCCGAAGCUGGAAACGAAGGAAUAGAGAGAAAGUUCAGAAAGAGAUCUGUCAGUCCUGGAAGGAUCAAGAAUUGACAUUAC